CAGUAUUUACACACACAAUAACUUUGUCUCUCUUUGAUUAUUGUGCCAACAAUAAAAAAAAAAAAAAGAAAAAGUAAUAAUCCAUUGGAAGAUAACACUAACACAACACAUUAUUACAAUACAAGAGUCAAGAGCUUCUCUUUGUGGUGGUGGUGUUGAAAAGAGAGAAUGGAGAGUGGGAAUAGGAAGAGAGCAGAGGAAGAAGAAGCAGGGCCAUCAUCAUUGAUCUCUACUGCUUUUAGGGUUGGUGAAAGCCACCAACAACAACUGAAUCAAAAGCCAAUAAGGGAAGUGGAAGAAGAACAAGCAGAGCAAGAAGAAGAUGAUGAACAAAGCUUUGGUGGUGAUCACAAAAAUUGUGGCUUUGUACCUGGUCCUUUACUUUCUCUCAAGGAGCAGAUCGAACGGGACAAGGAGGACGAAAGCCUAAGAAGGUGGAAGGAGAAGCUGUUGGGUUGUUUGGAAAGCGAUUUAGAUGGCCAAUUGGAUCCUGAAGUGAAAUUUCAUUCCAUUGGAAUUCUCUCUGAGGAUUUUGGUGAAAUUGUUAUCCCCUUACCUGUGGACGAAAAUCAUAACGGCCGAAAUCUAUUCACUCUCAAGGAGGGAUCUUGCUAUCAGCUUAAGCUAAAAUUUAGUGUUCUACACAACAUUGUUUCUGGCUUGACAUACUCCAACACUGUGUGGAAAGGAGGGCUUCAAGUUGAUCAAAGCAAGGGAAUGUUAGGGACUUUUGCUCCUCAAAAAGAACCAUAUGUCUAUGCCUUGAAGGAGGACACCACUCCAUCAGGUGCACUUGCAAGGGGUGUUUACUCUGCCAAACUUAAGUUUGAAGAUGACGACAAAAGGUGUCACAUGGAGCUCAAAUAUUUGUUCGAGAUAAAAAAGAGAAGCUAGCCCUGGUUUUAUUUUAAUGACACGUUUUGUUAUGCAUAUUUGUAUCUUAAGCUCCAAAUCCUUAGUUAUAUUUUUCUUUUCUUUGUUGAUGAUGCUACAGGUUUAUAUUUGCUUGCUAAUAGUCAAAAGAGGGAUGAACUCCAUUGUGAUGGCAUAUCUUUAACAACUAGAAAAUAAUUAUAAUGGAUCUUUGUGUGAUAAAA